UUGACACAAUCGCCUCGGAGAUCGGAGAACUGAAACAGGAGAUGGUACGGACAGAUGUCAGCCUGGAAAAUGGCCUGGAACCCGCUGAAACCCACAGCAUGGUAAGACACAAGGAUGAUGGCUAUUCCGAGGAAAAGAACGUGAAGGCCUGUCCCCGAGAUUCGGGCUACGACAGCCUCUCCAGCAGGCUCAGCAUCCUGGACCGGCUUCUUCACACCCAUCCCAUCUGGCUGCAACUGAGUCUGAGUGAGGAGGAAGCCAUGGAGGCCCUGCAGUCCCAGCCUCCGGGGAUCUUCCUGGUUCGUAAAUCCACCAAGAUGCAGAAGAAAGUCCUCUCCCUUCGCCUGCCCUGUGAGCUUGGAACCCCAGUCAAGGAAUUUACCAUCAAGGAAAGCUCAUAUACCUUUUCCCUGGAAGGCUCUGGAAUCAGUUUUGCGGAUUUAUUCCGGCUCAUUGCCUUCUACUGUAUCAGCAGGGAUGUUCUGCCAUUCACCUUGAAGUUGCCUUAUGCCAUUUCAACAGCCAAGACUGAGGCUCAACUUGAAGAACUGGCCCAGCUGGGACUAAAUUUCUGGAGCUCUCCAGCUGACAGCAAACCCCCCAACCCUCCACCUCCCCAUGGGCCACUCUCCCCCGACGGUGUCUGCCCUGCCUCCCUGCGUCAGCUCUGCCUUAUAAAUGGAGUGCAUUCUAUAAAAACCAGGAAGCCUUCAGAGCUGGAGUGCAGCCAGACCAAUGGAGCCCUGUGUUUUAUUAAUCCCCUUUUCUUGAAAGUGCACAGCCAGGACCUCAGCGGAGGCCCGAAAUGGCCGAGCACAAGGACUCCCGACGCGAAUGGCACCAAGAGCCCUCGGUCCCCCCCACCCAGGCCCCCACCACCCGCUAUUAAUAGUCUCCACACAAGCCCUCGGCUGUCCAGGACUGAAACGCAGACGAGCAUGCCAGAAACAGUCAACCAUAACAAACAUGGGAACGUAGCUCCGCCUGGACCGAGACCAACUCCCAUCCCUCCACCCCGCCUGAAGAAGCAGGCUUCUUUUCUAGAAGCAGAAGGCGGCGCAAAGACCUUGACCGGUGGCCGGCCCGGCGCGGGCCCGGAGCUGGGUGCAGCUGGCAGGCCAGGUGGGGCCCCGCCUGUGGACGCCCCGGGGGAUUGCACAAGGGCCCAGGCGCCCGGCUCUGAAUCACAGCCCCCGUGCCAUGGAGGCAGGCAGAGGCUGAGCGACAUGAGCAUUUCCACUUCCUCCUCCGACUCACUGGAGUUCGACCGGAGCAUGCCUCUGUUUGGCUACGAGGCAGACACCACUAGCAGCCUGGAGGACGACGAAGGGGAGAGUGACCAGGAGACCAUGGCCCCCCCCAUCAAGUCCAAGAAGAAGAGGAGCAGCUCGUUUGUGCUGCCCAAGCUUGUCAAGUCGCAGCUUCAGAAGGUCAGUGGGGUCUUCAGCUCCUUCAUGACCCCUGAGAAGCGCACCGUCCGCAAGAUCGCCGAGCUGUCCCGGGACAAGUGCACCUACUUUGGGUGCCUAGUACAGGACUACGUGAGCUUCCUGCAGGAGAACAAGGAGUGCCACGUGUCCAGCACCGACAUGCUGCAGACCAUCCGGCAGUUCAUGACUCAGGUCAAGAACUACCUGGCUCAGAGUUCCGAGCUGGACCCCCCCAUCGAGUCACUCAUCCCUGAAGACCAGAUAGAUGUAGUGCUGGAAAAAGCCAUGCACAAGUGCAUCUUGAAGCCCCUGAAGGGCCAUGUGGAGGCCAUGCUGAAGGACUUUCACAUGGCCGACGGCUCGUGGAAACAGCUCAAGGAGAACCUUCAACUCGUGCGGCAGAGGAACCCGCAGGAGCUGGGGGUCUUCGCCCCGACUCCUGACUUUGUGGAUGUGGAGAAAAUCAAAGUCAAGUUCAUGACCAUGCAGAAGAUGUAUUCACCGGAAAAGAAGGUCAUGCUUCUGCUGAGGGUCUGCAAGCUCAUCUACACGGUCAUGGAGAACAACUCAGGGAGAAUGUAUGGCGCUGAUGACUUCUUGCCAGUCCUGACCUACGUCAUAGCUCAGUGUGACAUGCUUGAAUUGGACACAGAAAUCGAAUACAUGAUGGAGCUUCUAGACCCAUCGCUGUUACACGGAGAAGGGGGUUAUUACUUGACCAGCGCCUAUGGAGCACUUUCUCUGAUAAAGAACUUCCAGGAGGAGCAAGCGGCACGCCUACUCAGCUCAGAGACCAGGGACACCCUGAGGCAGUGGCACAAACGGAGGACCACCAACCGGACCAUCCCUUCUGUGGAUGACUUUCAGAAUUACCUCCGCGUAGCAUUCCAGGAGGUCGACAGUGGCUGCACAGGGAAGACCCUCCUGGUGAGGCCAUACGUCACCACAGAGGACGUGUGUCAGAUCUGCGCAGAGAAGUUUAAGGUGGGGGACCCCGAGGAAUACAGCCUCUUUCUCUUCGUGGAUGAGACGUGGCAGCAGCUAGCAGAGGAUACGUACCCGCAGAAGAUCAAGGCGGAGCUGCACAGUCGACCCCAGCCCCACAUCUUCCAUUUUGUCUACAAGCGCAUCAAGAAUGACCCCUAUGGCGUCAUUUUCCAGAAUGGAGAAGAAGACCUCCCUGCCUCCUAGAAGGCACAGGGGACUGCCCUGUGAGGCAUCCAAAGGGAGGCUGGGGGCCUCCCUUCUGGCUUAUAUGUGCUAGAGCUUGAAGAGCUGUACCCUCCCCAGGGCUCCUCGGUUCUGUGACUAAGCCAUCCACAGGGCCUUUCAGCCAAGGGCAUCUUCACCACGGAAGAUGGCUGAGGUCCGUGAGACAGCAGGAGUGUCCUUCAGCAAUGCAGUCGCAUUCGAUGGUUCAGGUGCCCUGAGACUGUCUGCUACCUACCACCAGUCAGAUCCUAGGUCAGCUCAUGUGUAUGUGUCUAUGUGUUAUGAACAUUUAAGAUGCCAACUCUUCUCUUGAAUUCCACAGCAGAUGUUUGACAAGACUGUCCAGUGCAGUGCGUCAGGUAAUUCUCAGUUCUGUGGGUGGCUCCCUCCCU